GUUAAAGAACGACAGCGAUGCUAGCUUGUCCAUUUAUUAUGCCACUCCCAGAAACCCAAACCCACGCCGGAUGAAUUCACCACCGAGCCGUGCACCCGUAUUCCACAGUUGGCCCACGAACCCGGCAGCACCGUUCGCUAGUGUACCGAUGUCCGCAACCGACGAGUAAGUGGUGGCCUCGGCUGGCACAGGAAAUGCUGCUACUUGCCCCAUCAUGCUCAUCAUCAGCAGCAGCAGCAGCAGCAACAGCAACGAAACCGUCAUCCGUGGCUUGACGUGCGAUCACGCUGAUGAUCGGGCACUUCUCACUCAUUCAAUCCACCGGUCGGCUGACCGGUGAAGCUGACGCGAUUGGAUUAGGAAUAAUGCGGUUCAUACGGUUCCUAACGUUAGAUUCCAUAUGCUCGAUGUUGAUGCUACACAUGCUCGUUCGCUCUUCGCUGUCUUUUACACAUUGCUUUCGCAUCGGUGUGCCUGUCUGCCUGUCUGCGCUUAUACAAUCAUGAUGAUGGUACCGAUGGUGCUGGCAAGGCGUAUCCAGCUCGUCAACAUCAGCCCCGAGCAGGCCCAGCAGUACAUCACGCAGCAGAGCCUGGACCUGGCGUACGCACCGAAGCUCGGUGAGCAUCCGGUGGCCCGGACCCUAUACUACAAUGGGCGCCUCAUUGACAAUCUGGACGAUUACGUCGAGGAGGAGUACAGUGCGAAGCAGUUCCAUGGACAGGAUGGUCUCGGAAGGGCGAUGUUUGGCUAUAGUGACCACAACCAGGCCCGGCUAGAGGCACGCAACGCCAACGGUGAGGUCCGUGGCUCCUACCAGUACGUCAAUCCGGACGGUGAGGACUACAUCGUGCACUACUGGUCGGAUGGACUCGGGUUCCAUCAGGUGGACAACCGACAGAUCGAGCUUCCACAGCCCGUCCAAGAGACUCCGGAGGUGCGUGAGGCACGUCUGGCGCAUAUGCGUGCCUGGGAGGAGGCGGCCAGCCUCGCUCGUGCCAAUCCCGAUGUCUCAUCCGAUGACGGAUCGUACAAGGGUACCUUCCAGAGCAAUGGUGUCGAGGAGGAUGAUGAAAGUGAACCGAUGACGGCCUUGUCCAACCAACACCAGAGUUUGAUCCGCUAUCCGAGUCUACCGUACACGGAACACAUUGCACCGGAGUCAGCGGCACCGCUCAGCGAUGAAGGUGUUGUCGUGGAAGCUGUUCGUAGCCUUACCAAGCGCCAGAGCACCGAUUCUGACGCCGUUCUAUGGGAUGAACAAGCCGGAACGGAACCGGCGGGAGAACCGAAAGGUUUCUUCUACAGCUUCGACUAUCCGGUUCAGCUGAUAGCGGAAACGGCGGCCAAGCGGGCACGGGAUGCUGCUGCUGGUGGACGGCUCACUCCUCAAGCGUCGGAUGUUGUGGAAUCGAAGGAACCGGUACCGGUAUCGGAGCCAGUGGAUGAUCGAAUUUCGCUGAAGGCCGUGCUCAGUGGUGAGCCGCUCGUCGAUGCUGUACACGAUGCGCAAGUCUCACCGAAACAGAAGCUUCAGGCCAUCCAGGCUUAAGGAACCCGCAGAGGAGCCUCCAAGUUGACCCAGUCCGCUCAGGAUGACUGGAUAAACGAUUAUUGAGGAAUGGAAACCGAACGAUCAACCUCUUGAUAAGCCGAUUCUACUCAGUAGCAUUUCAGCCACGCAUCCAACGUCUCAGCCUCUUCACGACAACCCAGAGAUCUCGCAACGCGUCGCACAUCUCCGUGCCCCUCCAUAUGGCCAAUCCCAGUUCCGUGGUCGAGUCCGAGUCAGCCAGCUUCUAAAUCAAACGCGAACGCAACAAUAAAUACAUCGAGAAUAAACAAAAACAAA